CCUCAUGUUCUGUUCUUCGAUAGACUUCAAUUCAAGGACAUUCCAUUCACCGAACAAAGGCUAUAGGUUCGCAAACUCCCUCGUAAUUGAGUACUGGGUUUUGGGAUUUGGCUUUAAAAGCUCCUUGUCUCGUCUAUUGGAAAUUCAGCAAUGGAACCGCAACAACAGCAAGAGCAACAGUUGAUAUGGAAGUCAGAGGCAGGAGAAUCAAUGAUGUCAGUCACAAUUGGAAGAGCGAUGAACACUGUCCUUUCUAGUCGCCCCAGAAAACUUCAGGACGCUAUCUCUCGCCUGUCUCUCGUUCCCAAUAGUACACCGUCCUCUCUCAGUUCUUUGGAGGAUUCCGUCUGGUUUUUACGCAAGUACAUUGAAGACGCGGCUGAAAAGGAGGAGCCUUUGGACUCCAUUCUUAUUCCAAUCAUUGAACAUUCAUUGAGGAACAAAGAUUCAAAACAUGGUGGCCAAGCUAUCAUACUAAUAAACUGGUUCUUUCGGGAUGAGCAUCUUUUCCGAGCACUUGCCUAUGAUCUUGCCAACAUUUUCACGAGAAAAGACGAUCCUUACAUAACAUUUGGCUGGUGUACUCUUGUGCGCAGUCUUCUGGAGUAUGAUUGUGCUCCGUAUCAACAUCCCUUAGACGGGAUAAGGGAGAAAUUCUACUUUUUGUUGAAGAUACUAAACCCAUGUAUUUCACGCAUGUUGCUCAUAAUUUGUGGAGGAAGUGCUUCACUGGAUGGGUUUGAGUUGCCAUCCCGACUUUCAGUAUCUGCUGCUGAUUGUCUGUUGGUUCUCACUGAAGCAUUGACCAAGAAAGCUGAUUAUCCAAGUAGCAAGGAAAAAUCAUCAGCUUCACAUCCAUCAACUUCUGUACCAGCUCCUCUUCGCGAUCAGAAAGAAAAACCAGCUAUCAGCUCUUUGGGGCUCUUGAAUGUGGAAAUGGAAUUUAUACUUUGGUCUCAUCUGGAGGAUGUCAUUAACAUGGUGCAGAGGCUGCUUGCUUGGAACAGAAAAAGUCGGCCUCUACAUAGCAAAGGAAUAGAGCUAGUUCUUAAGUGGCUGCAAGAGAUAAAGGGAGAGUAUGGUUGCUUUGAGAACGAGGCAGGAUCAGAAAUUCUCAAGACAGGAGCCUUGCUACUCUCUUCUUGUUGGAAGCAUUACAGCAAGCUAAUGCACUUGGAAGAUCGCAAUUUCUCUCGGCAUUACAAAGAGUUUUUGGAGCAGUACUUAUCAGGCAUCCAGCAUUGUACGCACAACCGUGCUGAGCAGCACGGUGGGAAUAAGGAUGUUGGUGUCGAGACCAGGAAGUUUUUCCUGAAUUGCCUCUGCCUUCUGCUUGGCCGUUUUGAGAGCAAGAAAUUCGAAAGUAUAAUGGCAGAGUUUGGGAUGCAGAUUUCACAGGUUCUUUUGUCUCAGCUUCACUGCACCGAUGAAGAUGUGAUAGCUGGGACUGUAUGCAUUUUUAAGGCAGCCGUAUUUACUCCAAAUAAAUCAGUUGGAAGCAGUCUUGCUGAUGGUACACAGAUGGAUGAUGUGUUAACAUCACUGCUUCACCUUCUAGAUGAACGGGAUGGUACAGCUAGAGCUGCUAUUAUACUGAUAGCAGAAUACUGCUACAUGAGUACCGACAGCUACUGUCUUCAACAGGUUCUGAUGCGCAUUGCCUCUGGAAAUGAUAUACAGAGGAUGAAUGCAAUGGAUGUUUUAUCAGAACUUAUUCAUAUAGCAUUACAUUCAGCAAAUGAUUCUUCUCAUUUAGCAUGGAAAGACUUAGCUAACCACUUACUGGAUCUCCUUGGAGAUGAAGUAAUAGUAAUUCGUGAACAGGCUUCCAAUUUGCUUUCGCGGAUAGAGCCAUCAUUGGUUUUGCCUGCACUAGUUCGCCUUGCUUACUCACCAAAUGAAAGGGUGCAAUCCUCAGCUAGUGCUGCAUUGACUGCGGGGCUCAAGUAUCAUAACCAGAAAGUUGAAGUUAUAUGCAUGUUGCUCGACUGUCUUAGUAACAUUAGUCAAAGCCUAGAUCUUCCAAAAGCUACAGGAGAUAUACGGGAAGGAUCAAAGUUCGACACUGAGAAGGUCCUCAGACUCAUCCCAGAAUGGUCUAAAAGUGUUCAAGUUUGGGACUCCAUGAUUGGUCCUUUGAUUGACAAGAUGUUUACAGAGCCUGCAAAUGCAACCAUUGUAAGGUUUUUGAGUUACAUAAGUGAACACUUGGCAGAUGCUGCAGAUGUGGUCCUGUCUCGUGUACUACUGCAGAUGAAAGGACUUGAGGAGAUUGAUGAGAGCUUCUUGUCAAGAUGGGAAAGUCGAACCUAUACAGGCAAUGAUACUGUGCAGCAAGUACUGUUUGAACAUCUGUGUCCAUUACUUGUGAUUAGGCUGCUUCCACUGAGAGUUUUUGAUGACCUCAAUUCAUCUGCCAUGUAUGGCUAUGUUACCAAGCAAGGAAUUCCACAAGAUCAUGGAGUUAUCAAUCCCAUCGGUCAUGAGUCUGUUGCUGCUCUUCUUCUGAGCAGGGCAUUAGCUAGGUUUGAAUUUGAGGACGUGCGUAAACUUGCAGCUGAGCUCUGUGGGCGGAUUCAUCCCAAGGUGCUCUUUCCAAUAGUAGCCUCUCAACUAAGACAAGCUGUUGGUCUUCAGGACACAUGGAAAAUUAAAGCUUGUUUGUUUUCAGUUUGUACUUCCCUUGUGGUUAGAGGCAGGGAUUCGAUUGUUCAUCCUGAUGUGCUAGAAAUCAGAAAAACACUGGAAAUGGUUCUAUUGUGGUCUUCUUCAGAUGGGGACGAAGUUUCCAAAGCACAACAUGGGUGCAUUGAUUGCCUAGCUUUGAUGAUAUGCGCUGAACUGCAAGCUGUAGGGUCUCAAGUCUCCAACUCAGAGAAACAAGGCAAUCCUGAGAGUGCUGCAACAAGAAACUCUGUCCUUACUCAUGUGAUCCGUCAACUGAUAGAUGAUAAAAAUGAGAUUUUAAUGAACUCCACGAUGGGUUCUGAGCACCCUAGUCAUGGGGCACCAUUGGUUCAUUCGUUUCGUCUGUGCAUGGCUAACGUUCUGAUUAGUGCUUGCCAGAAGAUCUCAGACACUGGCAAAAAACGCUUCACCCAAAGAACUCUUCCACGCCUCAUCAAUUCCGUUGAGGCGAUAAUGCACCCAGAUAUAAGAGCUGCUUGUGUCCAUGUUCUCUUCUCAGCUGUGUACCAUCUGAAGUCUGUUGUUCUUCCUUAUUCAUCUGAUCUCCUCAAACUAUCUCUAAAUUUUCUCAAAAAAGAGUCAGAGAAGGAAAGGAUGGCUGGUGCAAAGCUAAUAGCAUCUCUUAUGGCUAGCGAAGAUGCAAUCUUAGUGAAUAUAUCGGGGGAACUACUCGAAGCAAGGUCUAUACUAUCAGAUGUUUGUGCAAGAGACUCGUCCCUUGAUCUACAAGAAGUAUGCAGGAAGUUGAUGGCUUGUAUAUCCUUUCCCUAAUUUCCGGUUAGGUACAACUGUCUCUUGGACUGAAGAAAGAAACUGUUAGUUUCAACGAUUUCCUGCACUCAUGUUGUAAAUAUAUUUAACUAACAGGUGUCUAGAAGUAUUUCCCUGAAUGAACGCUGUAAAGCAUAAGGGAAAAAAAAACUCUGAAGAAAAAAGAACGCAAAUUAGAAAGAAAAAACUUUGCUUGUUCAA